AUGUCUCUCGACGAUGAUACAUCCAGCGCGAGCACUCUUACCCUAUUAGAUGACGAUGCGUUCAAAACCGGUCUUCUCACAGUGAUGAGCGAUGCUGGACCGGAGACGAACGGCCAGUUAAAGCGUCGUGCAAAGGCGGUUCUUCGGGAAACGGAAUCUAUGUUAACCUCAGUGCAUGGGGUCAAGACAUUUGGUAUAUUGGACGGAAUGAUGGAGGGCGCAGGAGAAGCCGGUUUGUCAAGCGGUGUACGCUACGCAGCGGCUGCCAUCAUAGUGGCCGAUCAAAAGGGAAGGGGGUCCAACUUGAACUCCCCUGCCUCUGAGUUAACGAGAUUGGCACAAGAUUGGUUAUUGUUCUUCAUCUGGCCUUUCAAAAAAGCCUACAGAGCCGGCCACUCUCCACAAUCGGAGUUCUCCACUCCCACACUCCAUGUUUCGGAUGUCGCUGCUGACGCCAUGCCUGCGACAUCGCGACGUUCCAUAUUCCGAAAUUUGAUCAACGAACGGGAUGGCGACAAGUGUGUGGUCACCGGAACUUUGAAUAUAGCUAACGGUCCAUAUCCCCGCACUACUGAGGUUGGUGAAGGGUACCUCGACGCUGCUCACAUCCUUCCAAGAUCCAUUGUUCACGAGCAUCCCAGAAGCAACCGCAUAGCGGGAACGAUUGACAUAAUCAAGCAUUAUACAAAGCUCCCUGAUGAGAUUAUGGACGACCUAGCCGGUAUCAUCGAUAACCCAGAGAAUGGAAUGUUACUUGAUAUAGCACUGCAUCGUGGAUUCGACAGCUACAGAUGGUGCCUACACCCCACAGACGUCUUGCACAAAUAUAAAGUACACUGGUUACGCUAUGUCCCUUUGCACAAGGAGAAUUUCACAGAAGUCCAAUUCCGGGAUCACUCUCGAGAUGGCGUCCCGCUUCCCAACCCUACGCUCAUUGCGCUCCAUUCUGCGGUUGCUCAUGUCCUACACAUCAGUGGCGCUGCAGAAGUUAUAGACAAGGUUUAUGAUGCAUUCUCUGAUGAAGGUCCUACGGUACCGUCUGGAAAUCGUGCUAGCGAGGAUGAUUUCCGUAUCAGACUCUCGUUGAUUGGGUUGACGACCAACAAACACCAAUUACCAACGAUUCCUGAUGAGAUGCACGCAUUUCAAUCAAGCGCGUCAAACAGACUGAUAUCAUGCCACUGUCAUUAG